UAGCUGCUUGUACCCGCGGGAAUCUCGCGCCCACGCCGCCGCCACCAUGGGCUUUUUGGACAGGCUGAGGAAAGACUGGUUCAUUCUCGGAAUAGUCCUGGUCAUCACGGUGGCCAAGCUGGAGCCGGCCUUUGGGGUGAAAGGGGGACCACUGAAACCAGAAAUCACCAUCACAUACAUAGCUGUUUCAGCUAUAUUCUUUAACAGUGGGCUCUCGUUGAAAACUGAGGAGCUGACAAGUGCUUUGAUGCAUGUGAAAUUGCAUCUUUUUGUCCAGAUCUUCACACUUGUAUUCUUCCCAACAGCAAUAUGGCUAUUUCUUCAGCUGUUAUCUAUCACACCUAUAAAUGAAUGGCUUUUAAAAGGUUUGCAGACAGUAGGCUGCAUGCCACCUCCUGUGUCUUCAGCAGUGAUUUUAACCAAAGCUGUUGGUGGAAAUGAGGCAGCCGCUAUAUUUAAUUCAGCAUUUGGAAGUUUUUUGGGCAUUGUGAUAACUCCCUUGCUCCUGCUGCUUUUUCUUGGAUCCUCCUCCUCUGUGCCUUUCUCAUCUAUAUUCUCACAACUAUUCAUGACUGUUGUAGUUCCACUCAUAAUUGGACAGAUUGUCCGAAGAUACAUCAAGGAGUGGCUUGAGAGAAAGAAGCCUCCGUUUGGUGCUAUUAGCAGCUGUGUGCUCCUGAUGAUAAUCUAUACAACGUUCUGUGAUACUUUUUCCAAUCCAAACAUUGACCUUGAUAAGUUUAGCCUGGUUAUAAUCGUUUUCAUAAUAUUUUCAGUUCAGCUGGGAUUCAUGCUGUUAACUUUCUUCUUCUCUACAAGGAAGAAUUCUGGUUUUACACCAGCAGAUACAGUGGCUAUUAUCUUCUGCUCUACGCACAAAUCUCUGACUUUGGGAAUACCAAUGCUGAAGAUAGUAUUUGAAGGCUACGAACACCUAUCCUUAAUCUCAGUCCCUUUACUUAUCUAUCACCCGGCUCAGAUUCUCCUUGGUAGCGUGUUGGUACCAACAAUAAAGUCUUGGAUGAUUUCUAGACAAAAGGAAAUCUCCAACAGAUGGCUUCUUAAAAGUUACCAACCUUCAUCGUCCGCAUUUUAUCAGAUGUGUGAUUCCAGUUCCCUGUCCUUAGGAAUUGCCAGGAGUGAGAGAGGAGUAGGGUAUGCUGCCAGUCAGUGUCAGAGAAAUAAAGUGUCAUGUCUCCAGGUGUGAGGGAGAGAGAAAAGGAAGAAACGGCACUGAAAUUAACAAAGCAGCCCAAGAUGCCAGUGAAAGUUUAACAGUGGAAGAGAUCCAGUGAAUGUAUAUAUGUACUAUUUUGUACAUACACAGAGACAAUUCAGAAGAUGGGCAUAUGUGAAUGUUGCUUUGGCAUUUAUUUUAUUUUUAUAGAUACUUAUAUAUAUAUAUAUUUAAAAUACCUACUGAAGUGCCUUAAAAUAUAUUUGACAAAAGCAUUGAUUCCAAAAUCACAUGGCUGCUUGGUGUAAGAGGUUGCACUAAAGUUUGGGGUCAUUUGAUUUUUUUAUUUUUAUUUUCCUUUUUGAGUGAAUAGUUCAGACAAUGAGAGACUGGAGCUUCCAUCCUCACACCUCCUCAGAGGAAGUGGGCACAAGCCGCCAAGUGUUUCUUACUCUCACGUAAGCUCCACUGAACUGAAUGAAGUCAGAACAAGAGCCGUGCGCUGCAGAUUCUGCUCACCAUUCACGUGCAUAUAUGCCAGGCCAAAACAAACCAGGGGCAACCAACACUCUUCUGGCUGACAGCAGGAAAGCAAUUUCUGAAGUUCUAGUCAAGAUUAACUUGAAUUUCUGUGUGAUUCCGUAACCUUCCUGCUCCUAUGAUUAUGACAUGCCUUUUUCUUCUAAGUUUGUGUACACUCAGCAUGGGGCCAUCCAUUGGAGAGAAACGGAGAAGCAUAAAUUAUUUGCAUUUGUUGA